ACCCUCGGCGAGUUUUGUUUGAAAGAAGAAGAGGAAGAAGUAGAGAAGUCUAAGGGACGCGAUAAAGAGAAAGAAUGGCGUUGAAGUUUCUGAACAAGAAGGGAUGGCAUACGGGAAGUCUAGGUAACAUUGAGAAAGUAUGGAAGGCUGAGCAGAAGCAGGAAGCCGAAGAGAGAAAGCUAGAGCAGCUUCGUCUCCAAAUCCAGCAAGAGAAGGAGCGUUCUGAGUUUCACGUUCUCGAGGAACAGGCCGGUCUCGUUCCAAGGAGGCCAGAGAGAUUGGAGUUCCUGUAUGAUUCAAGUUAUGGUGUCUCGUCUCAGAAUCAAGAACGGAGAGCCAAAUCUGAUGCUGUUCGUGUUAGUAGCAAUAACAAGAAGCAGCCGAUUCCUGGUGCCUUGUUUGAUGAUAAGGCACACGUUGCCAAUGAUUCUUGGCGCAAAGUCCACUCCGACCCUUUGCUUCUCAUCAGGCAGCACGAGCAAGAAGCUCGAAAAUCUAUGAAAGAAAAGCGAAAGGAGAAAGAUGGAGACACGAACAAAAGAACUCGGCUCAGAGUGUAAAGCGCAUAACUAGCUAUCUUCUUCUCCUUUGUGAGUGUAAAACCCAAUCUCUAAUGAUCUUUGCUUUCUCCUGGAAGAACAUGUGUCCAACUUGAUAUCAUCCAACAUUGUUUAGACACUUGGCACCAUGCUUGACACUGUUGUCUUCUAGAGAGCUUUUCACUUUUCCAGCCAGUAGUACUCUGCUUUAAUCAUUUGGAUCGAAAGUUAAGCUUUGGUUUUCUUCUUCUGCAUCUCUUUAAUUUCUGUAGAAUCUUCUCGUAAUGUCUUAUCUCCUAGCAUUUGACAAGGUUGUAUUGUACUAUGUGAUUUUUCAUUAA